ACCAGGGGCACUGAACAUGAGUUCACUGUGUAAAGAGGUGGCGACGUGAUUGGCCAGUGAAACACAGUCUCCUCUGUGAGGAGUAGACAACAUUUAGACUCCAUUCAUUCGUCUCGGCACCUGAAGCACAAUGACGCCUCCAAACUUCGCUUUGUGUUUCGCAUGUCUGUUUGUGUCCAGUGCAGCUUCUACUGUUUUACAUCAGCAGUCCUUAUGGUUUGAACCAUCUAAUGUUGGAGCAACUGUGACUUUACCGUGUCUCUGUCAGGAUGAUGCAGCAGUGAUGUUUUACUGGUACAAGCAAACUCUGGGUCAGAUACCGAUGCUGGUGUUGACUUCAUAUAAGCACCGUGAAAAUGUUGCCUUUCAUGGUGAAUUUAAAACCGAUCGACGUUUCUCACUGGAUAUUGGAAACUUGAAGAUAUCAGAAUUACGAAUGUCCGACUCAGCUACUUACUACUGUGUAAAGAGCAACUUAUAUGACUUUGAAUUCUGUGAGGGAAUCACUGUCAUUGUAAAAGAACUACGUCCUAACGUCCCAGCUCUGGUGCAUCAGUCAGUGUUUGGGAGCAUCCAGCCAGGAGGCUCUGUGACUCUGAACUGUUUAGUACAAACUGGGACCUGUGAUGGACAACACAGCGUUUACUGGUUCAAAGACUCUGGAGAAGCUCGUCCAGGAAUCAUUUACACCCACGGAGACAGAAAUGAUCAGUGUGAGAGGAAUCCAGACACACAGACACACACCUGUGUGUAUGACCUGCCUCUACAAAGCCUGAAUGCUUCUCAUGCUGGGACCUACUACUGUGCUGUCGCCUCAUGUGGACACAUUCUGUUUGGAAACGGGACCAAGCUGGAUUUUAAGAACAAAGCCGUGUCUCCUGGUGACGCUCCGGCCUCUCUCAACCUGGUGUAUUUCUUGAGUUGUGCGCUGACGUUCACCACCAUCCUGGCGGUUUUCCUGGCUUUUUUCGUGUGUAAGCUGUAUAAAGGACCACACUCAAAUGUGACCUUUUCACCUUCAGCCAAUACAGAGGAUGAGCAGAACCUUCAUUAUGCUGCUUUCAGGGAAGUCGACAGAUCAAGAAAACUACGUGACGAGGCGAUCAUGAGCGAAUGCGUGUACUCCAGUGUGAAGCAGUAACCGUGGACAUGUUUUCAGCACGUAGCACCCACGACUUAUUUUUUGCUAAAAACAUCUCUGUACAUAUUUGCUCAACUGUAAUGAAUCAUCCUAUUCCUUGUUUUGUUGUAAAUCAAUAUGUUAAAAAAAACACAGAAUG